GAAAUCAGAUUGCAGGCAGCCACACCAAUACUUGGCCUUUGUUCCCUCUCUCCUUCCUGCUCUAACUGUCACUGGUUGUGUUUGACUUUCACAGUGUGAGAGGGUGAGCUGUCAGUAGUGAGCUUCUCACUCUCACUCGCCUCCUUUUUUCAUUGUAUCACUCACUCCUUACCGACUUCCCUCUGACUUAAAGAGGAAGGUAAAAUACUGAGAGUGAGAGCAGAAAACGAGAGGGAGCAGUAAAUAAGAGAAGAAAGGUGAAAAACAUGUGUUGUACGGGAAAGUGUGCCCGCCUGGUGGGCCUGAUCCUGCUGCCUUCAGCCUUCAUCUGCAUGAUCUCCAACUUGCUGCUGUUCUUCCCUGAUGGGAAAAGCCUGGAGAAUGAUCAGAUCUCCUUACAGGUCUGGCUCAUGGGGGGGCUCAUUGGAGGAGGCCUCUUUAUACUGUGCCCAAGCUGUUCAGCUAUCAGGGCCGGGGGCAAGGGUUGCUGUGGAAAAGGUUGCUGUGGCAACCGUUGCCGGAUGUUGAGCUCUGUGUUCUCCUCUGCCUUCGGCCUGGUUGGAGCGAUCUACUGCACCAGCGUGGCCUCAGCAGGUCUGGCUAUUGGACCCAAGUGUCGUCUGGCCAAUGGCAAUUGGGAAUAUCCCUUCGAAGACCUCGGCACGGGUAAUGGCAGCUACCUUAUAAACCAGACCCUGUGGACAACCUGCGACUACCCUAACAAUGCGGUGAUGUGGCACGUUGUUCUCUUCUCCAUUCUGCUGUCCAUGGGUGUGCUGCAGCUGGUGCUCUGUGGCAUCCAGGUGGUCAACGGCUGCUUGGGAUGUAUCUGCGGGGACUGUCGUGACAGCAAAGAUGAUGAGAGUGGAUUGUGAAAGUGAAGAUCACCAUGCUGUGACCUGCUUUUACAGGGAUCGAGGAUAAAACCCUGUGAAGCAUGUUGAGAUUUUCUUUUGAUACUCAGUGAUGCUUUUCUUUCUGUCUACGGCACCUUUUUCGAAAUACGCCGAAGCCUUACUCCAUUACUGUGUGAAUUUUAUUUUUGCUAAUGGUUUGUGUGUACUCCUUGACCUUCUUGGAUGACUUCUUCAGCAAAGUAAUUGCUGGAUGAACAAGUCAUUUCCAUACUGAAGGGUCGAUAGGGCAGAUUAUGGAUUAUAGCUCCGUCUGAUUGUCAAUAUUAAAAACGUAUUU